CAAACCCUUUUUGGUUCAGCAUUGUAAAUGCAAGUUGUCAAAUUUAGCCCACAUUUAGUCUAAGUUUGCCCUUCAAACAAGCAAUGUCUGUCGUGUUUGUGAUUUUAUCUCUUUACCUCACCUGUACAGAUGCUGCUGGCUCUCAUUGGGGUUACUCGGGAUUAAGUGGCCCCCAGCACUGGCACAAGCUGUUUGACAAUGCCUGUUCUGGACUGAGCCAGUCUCCCAUUAACAUUGAGAGGGAGAAGGCGAUCUAUGACCCCGCCCUCAAUGACUUCGCUAUCUGGCACGACCCCCCACAACCGGGCUCGUACUUCGACGUCACCAACAACGGACACACAAUCCAAGUUGACACAGUGGGUCCAUUUUACGUGACAAAUGGUGGUCUCCCCGCAACCUACAACACAGUCCAGUUCCACUUCCACUGGGGCCACAAAAAUGACCGCGGGUCAGAGCACAAGAUUGAUGGACGCGCCAGCCCAUUGGAGCUUCACAUUGUCAGUUAUGAUUCUGAUACGUAUGACAUGAUCACAGAAGCCAUGGUCCAGCCUCAGGGUCUAGCUGUUCUAGGAGUUAUGUAUGAAAUCGUAGAUGAGGACAAUCCUGCGUUGGAACCGAUCAUCAACGCCAUGAACACAGUCAGAGAUCCAGGAGCAAAGGUCAAGGCCCGAAUCGAUGCCCAGCCCAUCAGAAACUUUCUCCCUGAGGAUACAUCCCGAUAUUUCCGUUACAAUGGAUCCUUGACCACACCCGGAUGUUUUGAGAGUGUCAUCUGGACCGUGUUUGAUCAGAAACGCACCAUUUCCCACCGACAGAUGAGAAUGUUCCGUACUCUCCUUCAACAUAAAAAGAGACAAGACAGGAGGAAGAAGAGGAGCACUAAAGGUCGCCGUGAGCUGGCGGCUGAGGAGGUCCUGGACGAGGUGGGAAUAAAAGGAAAGGUCCUCGAGGAGCUGUCUCUGGAGUUACAGAUGGAGAAGAGGCAGAGGGAGCAGGCUAAACUACAGGAGGGCACCAUUAUAAAGGAAUACCAAAUGACGCACAAUAUGAGUGAAGACGAAGCGGUGAAACUGGAGGACAUCCCCAAAGCCUUCAUACAGGAGGCUCUGUACGAUAAUUACCGCCCAGUACAGCCGCUCAACACCAGGAAGGUGUACUCCUCAUUCAAGAUAGAGCCCAAAAAAGGUCCCUCAAAAAAGAUUCACUGGGGAUACACUGGGAAGAAAGGUGAUUGCAUGUCUAGAAAUUAAGAUGCAUAGACUGCU